CAUCUCAUCGCAUCCCUUGUCGUUUGUCGGUUAAUUGAAAUAUAAAAAAAUUCAAUUUAAUCCCAACCAAAAAAAAAAGGAAAAUAAAAAUAAAUUAAAGUGGAAAAAAAGUGUGCAAAUUUAAAUUAAUUAAAUUACAAAAAAAGGAAAAAAAUAUAAAUAUUCAUAAUAUUUUGAGCUAAUAAAAUCAGCUCCAUAGUUCGGAAUUUAAAAAAAGAAAUGAUGAAUAAAACCUCGUAAAAUUAAUACAAAAAAAAUAAAAAAAAAAUUGUAUAUUUUAACAAACAAAUUAAUUUGCAACAUUUAAUGGAAAAAGAAGCAAAAGAAAAUUAAAAAAUAAUAAAGAAAAAAAUUAUAAUCGCCUUAAAUGUUCUGUAAAAAAUUCAACCCAUUAAUCUAUUGAAGACAAAAAAAAAGCUUGGGGGCGUUUAUAAGCCAUCAAAAAAAAAAAAAAAAAAAAAAAAAAAGACGAAAAAGACGAAAAAGAAGACCCCCUGUAUCUAAUACAAGAAGAGCCAACACAUCACAUCAAACAAACAACCUCAACCAACCUACCAGCUGGCCGGCCAGCCAGUCUGCCAGCAUUCGAAUCACCGGCAUUAUUGUCAUCUGCUCUGGCUGCUGCCUCUUCUGCUUCUCUCCACCACCAUCUUUCUGUUUAAGGGGCCAAUAUUCAUCGUUAAUAGCCAAGGAUACUUUCGCUUAAACGCUGGGUCAUUAAUUUUAUUCUUCGAGUGUGUGUGUGUGUGUGCGUGUCUGCAUUUUGUUUUUCGCUGGUAGCCGACUAGAAGCUUUUGUAAAAUCAUUUUAGCCUACAAAAUCUACAACCGGCAGACAAUCGCAAAACAUAUUUGGAAUUUGUCUUCGUUUUGUGUGUUCUUUGGCUAAUAAAUCGUUUUGUUCAAAAUUUGUUAAAAGACAGAUUCGAAGAUUUCAACAGAGGAACCAUCAACGUCAUCAUGAAUCCCAAGCGCAUUUUCUAUUGGAAUGGCGUCAUGGCCAUCAUGCUGACCCUGGCCAUAUUUAUGCCAACGGCAACAAAUGCAAUACAAACAGAAAAUGACGAUGUGAAUUGUAAAGCCAUACAAUGUCCCAGCUCCUGCCCCCAAGACAGCUACAAUGCCACAGCCCUGGAGGAGGAGGACGGAGAAAAUGAAGAAGAUCUGGACGAUUCGACAUAUGUUGAGGAGCUGGGACAGUUUGAGGAGCUGAUACCCCCAGAGCAUAUACAUCACACAGUGCCACACUAUCUGAGCAAACGUGAGGUCUCACCACAACAACAACAACAAUCCGCUCUGGAACAUUGUUGUGGCUGUGUCUGCAAUGAAUGCAAUGAUUUUCCCGAUUGCUCUGAUGAUGAGGUGGCCAUAGAGGUGCAAAAGGGUCAGGGUGUUCCGGGCAGUUGCUGUCCCGUCUACAAAUGCAUCCCCAAGAUCACCUGUGCCUUUGGCGUGAAACAGAGCUUUUGGAAGAGCAAAUGCCUGAAGUGUUCCUGCUUUGGUGAAAAUGAAAUGUGUGAAGAUCACUGCCCCCAGGAGGAGACAAUACAAAGCUGCUUCUCCGACUACUAUCAGCAGGUGAUGGCCAAUGGUGAGGCCUGGAUGGAGGGUAGCUGUGUCAGCUGUAGCUGUGAUCAGGGUGAGAAGAGUUGCACCACACCGAUCUGUAAGAGUUUGGAGGGGGAGUGUGACAAUCCCAUUCAUGAUGAGGAUGAGUGUUGUCCGCGGUGUCCCGAACCGGAGGAGGAGAUUGUGAAGGAGAAGGCAGAAGAAAAUGUAACGGAAAUUGCUGCCAUGCCAGAGGAGGUAACCAGGGAAAUGACCACCCAGAAAACGCCUAACACAACAAUGGCGACAUCUACCGAACGAGUAAGAUCCUCAAUGGAGCCCGAGUUAAAAGAUGUGACCACAUCAGCGACCUCGACCGAAAAAGUCAUGUCCUCUACAGUACCUGAAUUGAAUAAAUCUCCAGCCAGCGAGACCUCUACCGAGAAAAUAAUGUCCUCUACAGAACCGGUUACUGAGGAAUCCUCUGAAACUCCAUUGAUCAAGAUUUCCACCACUGAAAAGAUGGAGGAGAACCUAAGCUCCACCUCUACCCAGGAAGAAAUGUCCAGCACCACUGAAAACAUUUCCUCCAGUACCAUGAAGGGCGUUGCUGAUUCCUCUGUCUCGGUUCCAGACACCACCAUGGAAAAUCCAACCACUCCACGGAAGGAAAAUCUGGCAACUACUUCGGAAAUGGUGACAACCUCAACCAUAUCCCGAGAAGUGGAGUCUUCAACUGUCACAGAGGAGGCAUUAUCUAGCACAGACAACAACCACAAUUGGUCUUCAACAUUGGAACCUGAAACCACAUCGGAAGUUCUUACCUACUCCACGGCAGAUCGGUCCAGUUCCAUAUUCGUAGCAGAGACCUCUACACUUGCCGAGAGUAGCUCUCAAAUCCCUCUGGAAGAUUCCACAAGCUCUUCGGUGGCUGGUAUAGAAUUAACAACACUAGACAGGACCAGUAAGGCGCACACUUCCACAACAGAAGAUACCUUUGCAGAAAAUAUAGCCAUACACUCCCAGGACUCCACAACCCAGCAAACCUUCAGAGAAACCACUACGAAAAAAGAUGUAGAAAAACACCUUGACUCCAGCGAAACCUACUCCACAACUGAAAAGAUCUCUGGCAAUGUACCUAAGACAACAACAACCCUCAAAAACAACAUCAAUACUCCCCACACCCCACCCAGCACAAACUCUCCAUUCACCACCAGCUCACCAUAUACGCCACCCGAAUUCACCUCCUCCUCCUCCUCAUCUGAAAUCGAACACUCAUCGGCCUCGACAGCCAACCCUUCAACCACAACGGGACCCGAACUAUUAGAGCCCUUGCCACAUCAGAAAAAUCUACUCUUCGAAGAAACCAACAACUAUGGCAGUCAAAGUACCCAACAUCAAAGGCGUUCCAGAUUCGAUGGGAUCCACUAUGUCAUCAUGAUUGCAAUAUUCAUUGGAGUCCUGCUCUUCAUAGCCCUGUUCCUGAUAAUACGCCAUACCAAAAAUCGCAAGAAGAUGUAUUCCGCCAUUCCGUAUUCUGAGACAAGUCUCAGUCAAAAUUCCACCCACACCAUGAUGACAGUGUAGGGUAAUCAUAUUUUUUUCGAAAAGUUCCAAAAAAACAACAAAGAUUAAGGGCGGGAAACAAAAUCAGAGGUGAUUGGAAAAAGAGAUGAAUAUUUAGGUUUAGAGAUUUAUAGACGUGGACGCAGAUAUAGGGCAAUGUUUCCCAUUAAGUGGGAGAGGAGAGAGAGUGAGCAGAAUUGACUUUUGAGAAAAAGAGGUAGAGAAAGGAGAGAAAUAUUUUUUAUAAUUUUUUGAAAAAUAACAUUUCAAAAAAAACCAUGAGUAACCGACUAAAGCGACCAUUAAAAAUUCCCUGAAAAUGACAAUUAUAAAUGCAGAACCGGUUUCGAUAGAGUGCGAGCCGGUUCAGAACCAAUAUGAUCCCUUCGUCUUUGUUUAUUAAUCGUUUUAUGUAAAAGAGGGCUGUUUGAACCGCUUCCGAGUUUUCAAUAACUUUAUUUUAUUUUAAAAACUCAGAUUAGGUCUUGCACGAACCGGUUUAUGACAAAAAAAAAACCGACUCGAAAUGGAAUAGCAAUUUGUUUUCGCUCCAGUAUUUGUCCAGUACAAAUUAUUUUCAAAUAUUUAGCAUUUUUCUUCCAAAUCCAAAUCGAUUUGACUUCAAUAUGAACCGGUUCUAGGGAAAUAAGAACCGGUUUAAAGUCAAAUAACCGAAUUUAAAGGGAAAAUUCGAACCAUUAUCGGAAUGGAAACUCUCAAGAAGCAAAUACUUUUAAAUUUUCUUUAUUUUUCAACCGGUUUGGCUGUAAUCUGAACCGGUUCAUAGGUCACGUGAACCGGUUCCAGCAAAAAUUCAUUUUUCUGCCAGAUAUUUAUUCUUUUUCCUUUAUUUCGAACCAGGUUGACUUCCAUUCGGAACCGGUUCAUGGUAAAUAAGAACCGGUUCUAGUUCAAAUAAUCCCUAUUUAGAAAAUAUGAACCGCUUACUUUAUGUUUGAACGUUUUCGUAAAGAUAGAUUCUUAGGGAGCAAAUAAUUUCAAAAUUUCUGAACCGGUUUGAAUCUGACUUGAACCGGUUAAUGGGGAAUUUGAACCGGUUCUUCAUAAAAUACACUUUUUAAUCUCAAAAAUUAGCAUUUUUCUUCAUUUCAAAUCGAUUUGACUCCAAUGAGAACCGGUUCCCAUUUGACUCCAAUGAGAACCGGUUCCGGUUCAAUGCACAUGUGCACCGGUUCCAGCAAAAAUAAAAAUGUUUCAGUAAAAAAUUUAAUCUUUUUUUCUGCAUUUCGAAUUGGUAUAAACCCCAAUGAGAGCCAUUUCAUGAAAAAUAAGAACCGGUUCCAGAGCAAACAAUCCCAUUUAGGGGCAAAUACAGGUCACUUAAUAAAUGUUUUUGGAAGGAAACUCAUUAAGAAGCUAAUAGGAUUGGAUUUUCUUUAUGUGUGAACCGGUUUGAAUCGAAUUCGAACCGGUUCAUGGAAAAUAUGAACCGGUUCUAGUAACAAUAAGAUGUUACACGAAAAAUACAAAGCAUUUUCUUCAUUUCUGAACCAUUUUUAGUCGAAAGGGAACCGGUUCAACCGGCUUUCAGUGAAAUAUUUACAAUUUUUCCUUCAUUUCAAAUUGGUAUAACCCCAAUUCAAACCGGUUCUAGUGCAAACAAUCCCAUUUGGCGGCAAAUAUAGGUCACUUAGUAAGUUUUUGGAAGAAAAUCCCGUAAGGAAGCUAAUAAGACUGGUUUUUCUUUAUUUCUGAACCGGUUUGGGUCAAAUUCGAACCGGUUCAUGGGAAAUAUGAACCGGUUCUAGUAAAAAUAAAAGGUUACAAGAAAAAUACAAAGAUUUUUUUCAUUUCAGAAUAAUUUUUAGUUGAAUAGGAACCGGAUCAUGGGAGAAAUGAACCGGUUUUAGUUGAAUAGGAACCGGUUCUAGUAAAAAUAAAAGGUUACAAGAAAUAUACAUAGCAUUUUCUCCAUUUUUGAACCAUUUUUAGGUGAAUAGGAACCGCUUCAUGAGAAUAAUGAACCGGUUUUAAGUGAAUAGGAACCGGUUCUAGUAAAAAUAAAAGGUUACAAGAAAAAUACAAAGCAUUUUCUUCAUUUCUGAAUCUUUUUAGGUUAAUAGGAACCGGUUCAUGAGAAUAAUGAACCGGUUUUAGUUGAAUAGGAACCGGUUCUAGUAAAAAUAAAAGGUUACAAGAAAAAUAAAAAGCAUUUUCUUCAUUUCUGAAUCAUUUGUAGUUGAAUCGAAACCGGUUCAUAGUAGAAAUUAACCGGUUUUAGUUGAAUAGCAACCGGUUCUGGUACAAAUAAAAGGUUACAAGAAAAAUACGAACCAUUUUCCUCGUUACUAAACCAUUUUUAGUUAAAUAAGAACCGGUUCAUGAGAAAAAUGAAUCGGUUAGAAAAAAAAUAGGGAGAAUUACAUGGUUUUUCACCUCGUUUUGGUCGAUUUUGAAACUGUUCUUUAAAAGUUUUUUUGAUAAAAUAUAUUUUUAAUGGGGAUUUUAAGCAUUCUCUCUGUUCUGUGACUCUUUUCCUCUCGCUCUCUCUCUCUCUCCCUUUAUUUCCUCCUUUACCCCAAUUUAAAAGCUGAUUUUAUAUCACUAUCUUCUUUUAUUUAUUUAGAACAAAUAAAAAUUAUUUUUUAGAGUUUUUUUUUUAAGUUAUUUUUGUUUUAAUUUUUAUUUUUAAAAAUUUGUAUUUAUUUUUCAUGUAUUUUAAUUUAUUUAAUUAUUUUUUAAUGAUUUUGUAUUUUUUUUUUUUUUUAAUUUUUCUAUAUUUAUAAUUAAAUUAAAAUUGGAUUUUUUUCAAUACGGAAAUGAAUUGUUUAAUAUUGUAUAUGUUUUUUUGUAGGCGUAUUAUUAUUUUGUUAUAAAAACAGACAGUACCCUCAUUAAUUAAUUGUUUGGCCUUAUUUGCAAUACAUUAAAAAACCAUUAAUAUAUUUAAAUGAAGAUAAUGAUUUGCUCUGCAAAAUAACAAAAAAAAAAUCGUCAGAACAAAAACAACAGCAGCAGCAAAAACAAAAACUUUAAAUGUUGACAUGGAAAACAAAAGUGUUGAAGCUUAUAAAAAAAAUAAUAAACAAUUGGAGGAAAUGGCAAACAUAUUUCAUGGGGGAGUCGUUAAAAAAAACUAAAGUCGUUUACAAAAAAAAAUACAAACAAAAAUAAAUUUAAAAAAAACACAGACAGUAUUUAUUUAAAUGAAUAAAUAUUUUUUAUUUCGAAAUCAAGCAGGGAUGGAUAUUUGAUGACCCAAUUACCAAAUUUUUUUCCCCUAAAGCACAAAUUCAAUUUUGGUUAACAAUUUUCUAAACCAUAUUCCAUUUCCAAAAUUCUCAAAGGAAAAUUGUUUAAAUUUAAUAUAUUUAGCAUUAAAAAUGUGAUAAUUUUUUUAUAAAAAUAAUUAUUUAACCAAAAAAAACACAAAUUUUUUACAGAACAUUUAAGGUGGGGUUCUCUGUGAGGAAAAUGGAAGGGGUUGCCUUUGAGGUGAGAGACAACACACUACAUAUAGAGAACAUCUCUUACUUGAAAUUUCUCCCUUAAAAAAUUCUCUCUCUCGCUUCUCUUGGAAAUACAACUCAGUCAUUUGUCAUAGAGAGCCACAUACAUAGUUUUAUAAUUUUCUCUAAUUAGCCUUUAAUUUUAAACAUAUAUUUGUACAUUUUAAAUUAUUUUUAACAAAA